UCUCCUCACUAGCAACGCAGCGCUACGCUGGCAAUUCAAAGACCGCAGAAAUGUCAACUAAUUGGCGUGAAUUGUUCCCCACCAAGCUCACAUUUGUGAUCUUCCUGCUGUACAUGUCCCUAUUCAUAGGGCAGGGCAUCUUUGUCACAGCAUCGCAGGAAUCGAAUAACUCCUAUGGCUACAACACCGUCACGGUUGUACUGCUCACCGAGGUCUUUAAAUUGAUAGUCUCCACCUGUUUGUACUGCCGCUACAAUAACCUACGCUCUCUGGUGCGGGAUGUUCACAAGGAUCGCAAUGUCCUGGCCUUGUAUAUGGUGCCCGCCUUUCUCUACUGCCUGUACAACAAUUUAGCCUUUGUGAACUUGGCCACAUUUGACCCUACCACGUACUAUCUGCUACUGCAGCUGCGUGUCGUUGUAACGGGCAUACUAUUCCAAAUUAUCUUCAAAAAGUACCUGUCGCAAAGGCAGUGGAUCUCACUCAUACUGCUGACACUGGGCUGUAUGAUGAAGCAGGUUAAUUUCGGAAGUUUUUACAGCGAUGCCAAUGAUGACAGCGAGUCUGCUGCCAUACAGCAGCAGCAAUCACUUAAUAGAACUACUGCCGCAGAGAAGCACGUACACGGCAAGAACAUGUCCGGCUUUGAUUUUAGCCUGAGUGCCGUCUUUAUUCUCGCCCAGACUAUUUGCUCUUGUCUUGCGGGCGUUUACAACGAGUAUCUGCUAAAAGACAAGGGCGCCGACGUGAAUAUCUUUGUACAGAAUGUAUUCAUGUACCUGGACUCGAUUGUCUGCAAUGCAGUCAUUCUGUUGCUGCGCGGCGAACUGCUCGAUGCCUUUAGUCCGCAGAAUCUGGGCAGUAUUAUGCGCUUUAGUGUGCUAAUCAUCAUUGUUAACAAUGCGGCCAUUGGCAUUGUCACGAGUUUCUUCCUCAAGUACAUGAACUCCAUUCUAAAGACCUUUGCGAGCGCUCUGGAGCUGCUCUUUACGGCGGUCCUAUGCUACUUCCUCUUCUCCAUACCCAUUUACAUGAACACCGCGCUGGCCAUCGCGGUUGUAUCCUACGCCAUCUAUCUCUACACUCAAAGUCCGGUCGUUAACUUGGGCAAGGUGCGUCCACUGUCCAGUUUGAAUGAUGCGACCGCCAAAUCAACAGACAAACGAAAGCUGCUCGACGAGGAGGCGGCAGAAUCGGACCUCGAUAUGGUGUAAUGCUGUAGCUAGUCCUAGACGUAAUCUUAGACUGUACAUAGUUGUGGAAAAGUGCCUGUAAAUGUUUUAAACGCCAGACGAAAGUAUUUGACCCCAGGCUUUGUGCAAUGCGAUAGCAACAGGCUUGUAAAUACCAAAACUUUUGCUUUUCUAGUUUAAGAUUCUCAACGCAGUUUGUGUACUUUAUUCAUAACAUAAAUGCAAUCAAACGAA